AUGUUUGGGAAAAAUAUAAUUUCGUUAUAAUAUUAAUUACGAAUAAGAGAAUUGACGAUUCGGUGCACAAAGAGCGUGAAUAUAUUUAACUUGUUCGAAAUGGCUGAAUCGAUUGUGCAAGACUGGCUAACAGAGUACAAACGUAUCAAGGACGGACCUGUCGCAGAUGUAACGGCGUUCGGAUUAGAGAAUGAAGCCGAUCUUGAAAUAGCUGAGGCUAUUUAUACGAUAUUUAAUGAACGUCAUAGAAAUGACUCAUUAGUUCAUUCAAUUUGUGUGCAAUUGCUAGAAUUUUACCGUGCGACUGAUGAUGCGCUGCGAAAAUUUCCUUUGCAGUUCAUACCAGUACUUAUAUACACGUACCUGCAUUCGGUGUCAGCUGGUGAUAAAAAAGGUUCUCGCAGCGUUGAAACACUUUUAAUUUGCAUUUACAACGCUGAGGUGUCUACGGAGGAUGGGGGCAAUCAUGUAGAAUCAUUUCGUAUGCCAAUAUUAGCGCAAGCUUCUGUGUAUCAUGAAGAAAAAAAUUUACCUAUGACCGACUUAAGGCGUUGGGAAGAGAACUGUAACCGGGAAGUUAAAUGGGGUCCGCAUUCUCAAAUUGAAGCAAUAACAGCACAGAACCGAUUGCGUAUUAUGACUGCUUUAUUAUUUUGUUAUAAUCAGCAUUUAAGUCAAAUACAAAAGUCUGCAUUAAUUCAUUUAUGUCGCGUAGCAUCUCAACUCGUAGCACAAGGCUUUUCAAAGCAACCUGGACACACGCAUAGGAUCUCAUAUGGUACCGAUUCUGGAAGUGGAUCAUUAAUACCAAAAUCACCAACUCCGCGCAUUCCACUUUCGUCUCAGUUUCUACUUGAACUUGUACACUCAAUUUAUUUUGCUAUGUUUAAUGGAUUUGGUACAGUUGCUAUACAAACAUUGGAGGAUAUACAUCAUAGAGCUUGUUUUGAAAUGUAUACUGAACUAAUACUUGUUACAAGUGCUGUACGUAAUUCAUUACAUGCAAAUCCAUCUGGUCAACCUAGUGACGGGCCAAUGGGUUUAAGUGUAGCUCUGACGCCAGCAACAAAUACUGUUACCACUUCCGUGUCCAAAUCUAUGAUCACAAAUGCAUCAUUCCGUACGAAAAAACUGCCUGAUGAUAUUCCAAUUCAAGUACAGGAUUUGACAAUGCCACAAGCGCCUCCACUAGCAAGUGUAAGUGAAGAACAAGAACAAGGUGGAAAAGAACAAACACAGCAGUCUACACGCAAUUCUAUUAUACGUCCAAGUAUGGAAGGCAUAAAAGCACAGGCACAUAAAGCACUUAUUGCUGGCUUUAAAAAAUCAAAAGAUAAAGAAAAAGAUGGUAAGUCUGGCAGUAACAUUCCAUCAGAGCCACCUAAACCACCGGUACGUAAGUUUGAUAAACACACACAGAGGAACUCGUUACUACAGUUACAAGCUGAAGCCCCACAGAUAAGUAGUAUGGAAUAUGAAAAAAGUCCAUCGAUUGCACUCAAAAACAAAGCAUAUGAUUCACUUGAAACUAAUGAAAUGUUGCCAAUGCAAACACUUUUAGUAAAUGAGAGCGGCAGUGGCAGCUUUAGUAUCGAUAGCGAGCUCAAUGGUAGCAGUAAUGUAAUCAACAACAACAGUGCUGCAAGUAAUACUACCUCCUUAACCAGUAGCGAUUUAAUAACCAAAAGUUUUGAGUCGAACAUUGAAAUACCUACACUUGGCUUAAGUGGUAAAGCGGGUGAAGUUAGUGUCGAAUAGUGCAGACAAGAGUUGGAAUCUAUGCUUCCAGUACUUUAUAAAUUAUGAUGUGUUUUUGCAUACAUUCUCGUUAAGUUUCACCAAAUUGUGUUGUUUUAAUGCUCAGAUGUUGAUUGCAGCAUUAAUGACUAUAGCUGCAAUAUAUGUUGAAUAUUUCUAUUCAUUUCAAAUGAUCCAAUGGUGUAAAUGUGGAAUUGUUAGAAAUAAAUUGUUAAGGGUAAGAUAAGUAAGCAUAUUUGUUGUAAAGGUAAUAUAACUAAUAUUUUAAUGGUU